AGGCCUUCCUGGGCGAGCCUUACCUGGACCCGCGUGGACGCCUGCUGCUCGCGUUCAGCCAUCAACAUUCCGCCGCAGAAGGUCAAGAUUUGGUUCCAAAACCGACGAGCCAAGUUGCGGCGGCUGAGGCAGGAAGCGGCGUGGACGAUGUACGGCGUCGCCACGGAUACCGUUGCCACGGACACCGUCGUCACGGACGUCGUCGCCAUGGACACCGUCGCCACGGACGUCAUCGCCAUGGACACCUUUGCCACGGACACCGUCGCCACGGACGUCGUCGCCACGGACGUCGUCGCCACGGACGUCGUCGCCACGGGCACCGUCGCCACGGACGUCGUCGCCAUGGACACCGUCGCCACGGACUUCGUCGCCACGGACACCGUCACCACGGACGUCGUCGCCACGUCUACCACCACUACCGUCACCACCACCACGGCCACCACCACCACGUCCACCACCACCACCGUCACCACCAGCACGGCCGCAAUGAGACGACAGCUGCAGCUGCAGCUGCAGCAGCAGCAGCUGUGGCAGCAGCAGCAGCGGCAGCAGCAGCAGCAGGAGCUGCAGCAGCGGCAGCAGCAGCGGCAGCAGCAGGAGCUGCAGCAGCAGCAGCAGCUGCAGCAGCAGCAGGAGCUGCAGCAGCAGCGGCAGCAGCAGGAGCUGGUGGUGGUGGUGGAACGCGAGAUCCCCGCGCGCUCCGCCAACCCCUACGUGGGAAGCAGCACCGGCAAGGUCGACUCGGCCUCAAACGAGUGGUUCCCCACCGCCGGUUGGCGGGAACCCGCCGGUCACGACGCUCUCAAGCGCAGACGCUCGCACCGUCCGUGUGGUGGUGGCGGUGGUGACGGUGGUGGUGACGGUGGUGACCACAACCGCGGCUGCUUCGGCUGCUGUUUCUACGAGGAGCCCGUCCUGAAACAGGCCCUGGUCUGUAACGACGUCGCCGCACGCGACCGCUCCUUCAACAUCGCCGCUGAAGUGAACCACUCGGCGCGGCACGGUGGCCACUACCACCACGGUGGUGGUGGUGGUUGUGGUGGUGGUAGUUGGUAUGAUGGUGGUGGUAGUUGGUAUGAUGGUGGUGGUGGUAGUUGGUAUGAUGGUGGUGGUGGUUGUGGUGGUGGUGGUUGUGGUGGUGGUGGUUGUGGUGGUGGUGGUGGUAGUUGGUAUGAUGGUGGUGGUGGUUAGUAUCAUGGUGGUGGUAGUUGGUAUGAUGGUGGUGGUGGUAGUUGGUAUGAUGGUGGUGGUGGUGGUAGUGGUGGUGGUAGUUGGUAUGAUGGUGGUGGUGGUUAGUAUCAUGGUGGUGGUGGUUGAGAUUGACGUUCCACAGUGAUUUUAAAACCUGUCACGAGUUCUAACUGCCUCGUGAUUUACAAUUGCAUUUACGUACGAAUAAGGCGCGCAGGUCCGCACAGUAACUACAACGUUUAUUCUCAUAUUUAUUUAUUAUUAAACUCACGAUAUUUAUACUCUUUGGUUCUUUCGGUAAAGUCACGUCGGUAGAAAUCAAAUCAAAUAAAUCACGACGUUUCGAUUUGCAACACAAGCAAUCGUCAUCGGGUGGGAAAACCGCAGCAAGAAAUGUGUUUUGCUGAAGUGUGAGGAGGUUAUAUGGGUGGUGAGAGGAGGGGGGUGGGGGGUAG